UAUCCGAUUUGUGCUUCAGUUUGGGCUCUCAUAAAUUUCAGGAUUUAAACAUUGUAAUCCACAUUGUAGCUAAAGUCUAAUAGUUUUAUUAAUACAAUUUGUGUUUUUAACUGUCCCUUGCAAAUAUUUGAUUUACAGGCUUCAAUUGAGCGUAAUCUCUAUUUUUUGAAUUAUUCGUAUUUGUGUGAAGAUUAUUCAGUGUUUCUUCCAUAUGAAGUCGUAGCUUAAACUUAAAACUUUUUAUUAAUAAAAUGGAUAUUGAUGUUAGUAAAGAGAAUAUCCAACCUUUAAGAGGUGGCAGAAAUUUAACGCAGUUGGGCACAGCAUUGCAAGCACAGUCUGAUGUUGAUGCCCAGAAGCAGCUACAACUGCAAAAGGAGGAACAUGAAGCAGCAAUAAAGCAAUACCAAGGACCGGAUCCACUUGAUCCUUGGUUCAAUUACAUUCAGUGGGUUGAGCAAUCAUUUCCAAAACAUGGCCACGAAGGUCAUAUGGAUGAGUUGAUAAAGGACUGUUUGCAACUGUUUGAAAAAGAUGAAAGGUAUUUCCAGGAUAGGAGGCUUGUCAAGCUAUGGAUCAAAUAUAUUGACUGCUUGUCCAACCCGCUGGAAAUAUACCAAAGGUUGUACAAUACUGGAGUUGGUGUGGAAUGUUCAGAAUUCUAUAGAGCUUGGGCAUGUUAUUGCGAAGAGUCUGGGGACUACAAGAAAGUCAAUCAAGUGUAUAUGUUGGGUCUUCAAGCUAAAGCUCAACCUUUAGAUGAACUUGAGCAAGCUCAUAUGAACUUCCAGUUAUUUUUCGCCCAGAGAAUGUUACAUGAUGAUUCUCCGACUAAGAGGAAAGCCGCAUCUGCACUUGCUGAAACAAGAAUGGCUUUAACAUCGUUGAAGUCAUUCAAACGGCGCAAUAUUGCUAAUGUACCUGUACAAAGAGUUGGAGGUUGCAUAAAAAAUCCAAGGCCGGGUGUCGUUAGGCAGGGUAAUGAUGGCAGACAACCCAAUUCUAAUGUUAUGGUUAAUGUGUAUGAGGAUGCACCUUCAACUUCCACUGGGCUUAUCCCUUCUGCGGAGGAUCCUGGCCCAUCAUCCUUGCUGCAGGCUUGUGCUAAUGUAGAAAAUGAAAAGGAAGUUGGAAUAUGGACUAAUCCGAAAACAAAGAUGGUCCAGUCUAAUGUUGUGCCUCAUCAGCCACUGUCAUUUACACCAUAUGAAGAUCUGGAUGAUGAGUUACGGCUGCCACCGAAACAUUUGUCUUAUUGUGUGGAUGAUUUAUUGUUUAAUGUGCCUCUAUGUGUACCUGAUCCUAAAGAUCCAACAAAAAUUCCAUGUUAUAAUAAAACACAGGUUUAUGUGAAUGAUAAAGAAUAUAGCUUAGAAGAGAUAAGGUCGAGAAAGUAUAAUGUAGAGAAGAUUAUUAAACCGGCAAGAGUAGAGAGUGCUGAUGUAAGAAGUGAUUAUAAUAUCAAUGAAACACUUGCACAGUGCAGUGCGCUAGAGACAUUAGCUAACUGUGCACUAGACACUGAACAAGAUCAUAUGGCACAAUUGUUGCCAUUAACAAUUCCUUCAUUGCAAAAUGUCACUAAAGUAACAUCGGUGCAUUCACCUGGAGAACCCAAAGUUCUAGUUAAUCUUGAUUCAAAAGAAGUUUGUGAACAUGCAAGUAAAAAGUGUGAUGAUAACCAAAGGCUUGUUGGCAAAGAAAAUCACAUAGAUAGACAUAAUUUAGAGAAUAAUUAUGCUGAAAAUAGUACAAAUUACCCUAGGAACAAUUUAAGAGAAGAGUUCAAUAGAAGUUUGAUAGGUAACCUGUUGGGAGAUUCGGUUACUGUGAAUACUAAGGAGGCGCGAUGGGAACUUAGAAACAUUUUUAAUGACAAUGAACCAUCUAUGGUCCAGCCUGUAAUGCAACAAUUCGAAGUUCCGAAGUUUGAUAUACACGAGGAUAGAUCCAUGACAAUGGCAAUGAACGUUAAGAAGAAUUUUGAUUUAGCUGAAAUGCAAGGAAUACCUGAUGAUAAGGAGAAUGAGCAGAAAGUCUGUCCACCGCCAUCUUUACCUCAGAUGAAAACGACGUACUACGAAGAGCCGACGUGUACGCAAGUAUUCAAUUUUAACAUCAAAGAUGCGAGCACACCAAACAUGUCACAGUUCAAAAAACCAGUCAGUUGUGUGGAUCAUUCGAAAUUCGCAUCUAUGCCAAAAUUCAAUAUGGAUGAAAGUGGUAUUGAAAACCAGGAACAGAACACAAAAAGAGAUGAUAGUGUUAAGCAAACUACAGAGCAGCAUAUGACACAGGACCAGGCUGGUGGUUUAUCUAUAAUUAUGGAAGCAACACGGGAGUAUAAUAGCAAAUCAGGUUCCAGCUCCUCUGGUCAGUCCACAAGAACAAACUUCACUGGUUACACAACAAAUUUCGAUUCAAUGUAUAGUCAUGAUCAAAUGCAACAAAAUACUGCUUCCAAGAGAAAUUCCAUACCACCCCAGGGAAGAGCACCCAACAAUCAACUGAAUAGAAUCUCAGCUCAGAAACGUGAUAUGGAAAACAAGACUAUAGUUCAGCCAUCCCCAUCUGUAGCUUACCAUACUCAUGAUCACCAAUACCAAAAACCUACACCUCAAAGCUUUAAUGGCUAUACCCCUCAAAGAUCGGUACAAUAUCAACAGAAUUUCAACUAUCAACCAGGAUACCAAAAUAACCAAGUGAUAAACCAACAACAAGGUUUCGGGAGUCCAAGUCCUAAUAAUAUGUAUCACAGUCCUCAACACCCUGGUAUGCAGAGCCCUCAUGAAGGAAAUCCUGUAAAUUCUGUCCCAGUAGGAUUUCAAAGCCCUACAUAUUCAAACCAAUUAGGAUAUCAUAGCCCCGGACAUGCUAUGAUGAGCCCACAAAGCUACACAGCAAGGCAAGAUUAUCACUACCCAAACCAAAAUGAAAGACAACAUAACUUUGCGAAUCAACAACAAGCGAAUAUUUUUCAAAGUCCACCACAUCAAACACAGUAUCAAAAUUCACAGUAUUAUCAGAGGCCUAGUCAGGUAACACAAGGGCAAGCAUUCAACCAACAAAGCUUUAUGCAGAAUCAAUACAGCAAUGCAAAUAUUUAUCAAAAUACAAGCCUUGUUACCAAUCAAAAUUAUCCAGGGCAAAGUCCCUACAAUAGACAGCAUCCUAAAAUGACUGAAAAUAAUCAAGCAGCCUUUGGAAUGGGGAGCAAUAAUAAUAAUCAGCCUUACCAAAUAUACCAAAGUCCACAUCAGUCUCAAAGUAAUGGUUUUAAAAAUAUUUCAAUGCAUAAUAACCUGAACCCAGCACCUUGUAGCGAUGUACAGAUGGUGUCAGCUGAAGGCAACACUUCAGUGAAAGGAAAUCAAUCUAAGGAGGAUAAAAAUAUCAUGCCAGUUGUAAUCAGAAAUGCUGCUGCCACUAACAGUCCUACUGCUGUGUUGAGAAAUGUGAGGCAUGAUCAGUCAAACAUUAAAAUGGGGCAGAAUUCGCCCGAUGUGGGAUUUUCUAACCAGUUCAUUAACUUCAUUUCCAAUAGAAAUGAACCAAAAGACAAUGCAAAUACUCCUAAGUUUACAAAUAGUCCAAAUAUAUCACAAAAAAUGCAUAAAAACCUGUAUGUGUCAAGUCCUGAACAAGCUCAGAUACCACCAUCAUCUGGUAUGUCUGACUCCGACAGUAAAGAUGGUAUGACAGCCCAAGUAGCCACACCCAUCCAAUCAGCUAAGAUUUCGCACCAGGUGGACAAAAUAAAAGAUAUAUCAAAGAGACAGCUGGACUUUGAACACAGAGUUGAUUUACAAUCUGAAGACAGCAGGGACUCUGUCAGUAAGGAUAGUAGAAUCUCAUCUGUAUACUCACGACAGUCAGAUUUCCAAUCUGAUGGAUAUGGAAUGGAUGUAGACAGUGAAAAUAGUAUGGAAUGUGCUGCCUUUAAGUCUACUCAUUCAAUAUCUCUUAUAGAAACUAGUGAUAUUCCUAGACCAGCUGACAUUGAUUUCCCGAAAGUAAUUGAUCCAUUCAACAAAAAGCUACUUACUACAUUGCUUGAAUAUGUAAAGUUCCCAAAUAAAACUCAUGCUGAUGGCUAUAUUGAAGUAAAAUCUAUUCCAAAGUUGCAAUUAGCUACUGUUGUAACAGUUGGGAAUACAAAGUUCUCCAUUGAUAAGCAGCUUGGCAAAGGCAACUAUGGUGCCGUAUUCUUAUGCUUAGACCUUCAUUCAAAUAAAUCAGUUGCUGUCAAAUACCAAAAGCCAAGUCGACCUUGGGAAUUUUACAUUUGCCAAGAAAUCAAGGCUAGGAUAAAAGAUCCUUUUAUGUUACCCGGCUACAUGGACAUAUCAACAGGUUUUCUUGGCGAAAAUGCUAGUUUAUUUGUAUCUGAAUUCUCAAAAUAUGGUUCUUUAUUAGAUGUUGCUAAUAAAAUUCGUAUUGCUACCUCAAAAUGCAUAAAUGAGUUUAUUGUGAUCUUAUUGACUGCGGAAAUGUUAUCUAUUGUACAUUAUUUACAUAAGGCUAAGAUUAUACAUGCCGAUAUCAAACCGGAUAACUUUUUACUAAUGAAAAUACCAACUCAAGAAUGGAGAACACCAUCUUUGCAAUUGAUAGACCUGGGGUGUGCAAUAGACAUGUCAUUGUUCCCAGAAGGGACAACUUUUAGAGAGUUGAUUGCCACAGAAGGAUUUACAUGUACUGAAAUGAGGGAAAGAAGACCAUGGACAUAUCAAACUGAUCUUUACUGUUUGGCAGGAACAAUACAUGUUAUUUUAAUGGGAAGUUACAUGAAGGUAGCUAAUCGUUUAGGCCAGUGGAACAUUGAUAAAAAAUUACCAAGGUACAUGAAAGUUAGCCUAUGGGAUAAAGUGUUCACAACACUACUCAAUGUGCCCGACUGCAACAAUUUACCAGACCUGAUGGAACUCAAAGCUGAUGUUGAUAGUGUACUGAAUGAAAUAGAUAGUUUAGGUUCACAUCUGCGCAACUUUGCUAAUGUGCUUAAAUCUAGGUAAACAAAAUAGAGGUGGUAUUUUAUUUAUUGCAUUUAGAAAUAACCGACACUGUAAAUCUGUAUUAAAUUAAAAAAAGUAUUGAUAAAUUAUGCAAUUAUAAGGAUUUCAAAGUGUUAUAAUGCAAACUUGUUCAUUCUAAGCAAUAACUAAUCAAUAAACUUAUUAACACCAUGUUGUGUUUAGUUAAAAAAUGUGAUAUUGUAUAUUUAGUUUGUUAGUGUGUUAUAUGAAAUUUGGCAUAGCUUAUCUUGUUUGCUUAAUGAUGUUGAAGUAAAUAUUGGGAUUUAUUUUCCUUUUUUUUAAGUGAUUAUGACAAUUAAUAAACAAACACUACUUAUGGUAA